CUUGAAACCCACUCCUCGAUAACGGUUCCCUAAUAACGGCCAUUCAUUCGCUUCACCCUUCAUUUCCUCCCCACGAACUUCUUAAAGUAAUAACACCAUGGCGGAAGAACCUCAGGUCAUGUCGAUCCAGCAACGAAUUGCGGCACUUAAACAAGCGCAAGUUGGUCAAAGCUCAGGAAUCGACACCAGCGAGCCUGUGCUUGUCCAGCCCACUCCAAUGCCCAUCCGUCCAGGUGCUCCCCCGCGACCUAAGACGUUCACCACCACCAACAACACCAACGACAGUCAUAAUAACCAUGCUGCUGGCAGCAAUGGCUCUGUCUACAAUCAUUCAUCCGUCUCAAAUGAUGCGGUCCCUCCUAGACCUGUCCCACGUCCCGCUACUGCACCAGCACCGCCCCCAGUGAAACACAAGACGCCCCCUCCUUUGCCUGCUCGCAAGCCCUCCGACCAGCAACGCCCAGCACUACCACCGCGCAGACCGACGCAACCUUCUCAUAAAGGCUCAUUGGAGUCUAUGGCCUCAGAUAUAUCUAGAUCGACAACUACAAGUACCGGGAGGACAUCGGCUAGCUCAAUCAAUGCAGGCCCUGGCCGCUCCCUGCCCCCCGCUUGGGGCGAGGCUGAGUUGCCUCCGUUGCCCCCUAAACGCCAGCCACAACCACCACCGCGGCCGACGCCCACUACGAGAAGUAGUAGCAAUAGCAGCAGGCUAUCUCCACCUCGUCCGUCUUUGCCCUUGCGGCGGAAAUCCAGCCAGAGCAACUACUCCGUGGAAAGCAACGAUUCGCAGGCUUCGCGGCUGCCUCCUCCACUGCCGUCUAGGACAACAAGUGACAGGUCGCUGACUAUCGACGAAGAGGACGAAAAGAACCCACCGCUACCAGUUCGGAGGCUGCCCCCGCCCCCGCCUUCUAACGAUACGCUGGGUAAGCUCAAACAAUCCGGUUUCGCGGCGAUCAAUAAAUCUUUUGGCAGUACCAAUGGAGCUGUCAAUGAGCCCAGCUCCAAUGGCGUGCCCCCGCCUGUCCCCUUGGCAUCGCGUCCGGAUCUCUCUAAAAUCCAAGCUACGAAGCCUCGUUUGUAUGCUUCCAAUGCGCCCACAGUGCCAACACCGGUUGCGUGCCUGAAAUGCCGCGACUUCUCAGCUGCCGAUGCCCAUGCAGCUCGAUACCCGCGCACGUCUCUCCCGACACACGACCUGUCCUGGCUGGCGAAUGAACUCACGGCACCGUUCCCGUCUCACACGGACAAAGCUCGUGUCAUCUUCACAUGGCUCCACCACAACAUCGCGUAUGACGUAGAGGCCUUCUACAAUAAUCGGGUGAAGAGUCAAACCCCAGCCAAUACACUCGCGACGGGAAUGGGUGUGUGUGAAGGGUAUGCGGGGUUGUUCACUGCGCUUGCUACCCGUGCAGGUAUGGAGGCGAAGACCGUCCACGGUCACGGUAAGGGUUAUGGAUAUGUGGCUCCUACUCCUGGAUCUCCGCUACCCCCGGUUCAAGGUGGCCAUGCUUGGAACGUCGUCAGGAUCGACAACGGGCAGUGGAAGCUGAUUGACCCCUGCUGGGGUGCUGGGUGCGUCUUUGGCAAGGGGCAGCCUUACCAGCCAAAAUUUGACCCGGCCAUGUUCACGGACACUAAUGAUGAGCUGGGGCUGAAGCACUUCCCCGAAGACCGAACGCAGUUCUACCGUGACGAUGGACGUCCGGAGAUCAGCUGGCAGGAGUACCUUCUGGGUAACCCCAGUUCACCGCUGUGCGUUGAGCAGCCGGUGAUCUUUGGGGAGGCGGAGAAGCACAGCAUUGGAGUGCGGUCCUACCGCCCGGCUGCCAAGCAGAUAUCAGUGCACCAGGGAGGACCGGUGCGCUUCCAGUUCGGUCUGAUCUGCGAGCACUGGACGCUGGAGUAUCACACGCGGGCCAAGCCGGGGUUAUUCCUACUGAUGGUGAAAGGAGUGGACGGGCAGAAGGAGGAGAGUCUCGUAUUUACACACGUGCGGGGAUCGAACCCUAACGGCGGGGGAGAUAUGUGGUACGUGGACGUUCCGGACUCCAGAAUGCUGGGGGCGCCGGGCCAACAGGUGCCGAUAGUGGUGCUGACCCGGUUCGGGGAUCGAGCGGACUGUCGGGGGCUGACAGCGGAGGAAUACCGGAGGCGGGUUGGUCGGGUGCAAAUGGAGUUUGCCUUCAUUGCACAGUGGGAUCUGGUGUAAGAUGCGGCAAAGGGGGUCGGCAUGGGCAGCCGGGUAAUUAGGGUUGGCUGCCCUGCAUGGGCUGAGUGUCUAGUAGACUAGUGUUUCUUCUUUUGUCUCUGCGUGGCUUUUUUGGCUUUUCC